CCCAGGAUGACUUUGGGAGGCUCUGCGCAAAUGUUCCUCGUCUAUGGAGUCUGUUUAUUGCGCUUUGUCGUUGUCAGCCAUUGAUGCUUGCUUUCAUCACUUUGCACGGACUUUUUGAUUGCGAAUUUCCAAACUGUUGCUCCUGUCAAACUUAUCCGAGCGCUUCUGAUUCCUUGUUUUUGUUUCCUCCCCCAAACUCCCUCUCAGCGAUGUUUGGCUCGUCGAUCAAGAACUUGAGCGUCAGUAUUGACAGGCUCAAUGAGAGGAACACGUUCUCCAGUGGCGACCAAGUCACAGGACAUAUCUCCUUCGAGAUCACAAAGCAAACGAAGAUCACCUCAAUAACGGUGGCGUUGUCAGGAGUGGCGCAUGUCCACUGGUCCAGCGGAGGAGGAGGAGGAAGAGGGAACAGAAAACACUACUCGGCCAUAAUGAAGUACUUCAAUUACAGAGGCGUGAUUUUGCAGGAAAACGGCGCAAUCCGUGAGACAACCAAACUGUCCCCCGGCACUCAUGUGUAUCCGUUUACAUGUCAACUCCCACAGGGAGAUUUCCCAUCCACUUUCCACGGGCCUCAAGGGAAAAUAGUAUACACCUUGAAAGUGGACAUCUACAGACCCUGGCAUUUGUCCAAGAACUUUGAGACAGAGUUGAACUUUGUGCAUCACAUUGAUACCAACCUGCCAUACCUGUGGGCUCCCCUCUCAGGCACGAACAGCAUGACGCUGUGCUGCCUGUGUUGUGCUUCGGGUCCUCUCACAAUGACAGCCACUGUAGAGAAGAAGGCCUUCAUCCCUGGUGAAACUGUGAAGAUAAAUUGCAACAUUAGCAAUGGUUCGUUUAAAACUGCUACUCCGAAGGCGAGGCUGGAACAGAAGCAGACUUUGUAUACCCAGGGAAGGGAACGCCACAGAGAGGUUGUCAAACGCUUUAAAUCAGUGUCCGGAGAGCCUGUCGCCGCUCACACCUCUGAUGUGCACACUGAGCUAAAGCUCACUAUUCCCUCGUCCGCAUAUCUCACCGUCUCAAAUUGCAGCAUCUUGGUGGUUGAUUACAUAAUCGAGGUGAGCCUCUGUGUACGAGCUUUUCCUGACAUCACUGUACUGGUUCCCAUCAUCCUUUAUGAUGGCUCUGCACACACUAAUUCCCCACCUUCAUCACAUAUAAAACCACUGUUCUCAUUGUGUCACCUGUACCAUUCCUGUCCUUGUCGCUUUGCACAGCGUAUAAUGUCAACCAUUAAGAGCUUUCAAGUUGGGCUUAGUCCCAACGGCAACAGCGGUAAUUUAAGAAGUGGUAAUGCUAUUAUGGGACAAAUUACAUUAGAAUUGUCAAAAGAGUGCCAAAUAGAUUCGCUCAUCGUAAAGCUGAAGGGAAAAGCAGAAGUCAAAUGGUCGCUGGCAGUACCAACUGUAACAUACCACAGCAAAGAGAAGUACUUCAGUGUCAAGCAGUCUAUCAUCAAGGAGGGCCAGGGCAAUAAUAUUGUUGGCCAGGGUUUCCAUGUUUACCCGUUCCCCUUUCAGAUUCCAGCACAUCUGGUUGGCAGCUUACCGUCCUCCUUCCAUGGCAAGUCUGGAAACAUCUUGUACACACUGGAAGCACAUCUGAAGACGUCGAGGGGAAUAGGCAGAAAAGCCGUGGCAGAGUUCACCCUUCUCCACAAAAGAAACCCAGAUCCAAUGCUGAUGUCUCCACAGCAAGGUAACAUUGGUAAGAAGAUGAAGCUCUUCAACUCAGGAGGAGUAGACAUGGAUGUAAAUAUUGAAAAAACGGGCUUCCACCAAGGUGAAGGCAUCAAGGUGGUGGCCUCCAUUCAGAACCAAUCAUCCUCAGAAGUUAGGCCCAAGUACUGUUUGGAUAAGAAAUGCAGUUACUUUGCAAAGGGGAAGUGGAAAGUUGAAACAGAAGAAAUCCUGAAAGUAUGGGGCGAACUCCUCCCACUUCAUGCAAAUCGGACUGUCACCAAGAUCAUCACUGUCCCUCCCACCACACCAGCGUCCAUCUUAAACUGCAGCAUCAUCAAAGUAGAGUACAGACUCAGGGUUUACCUGGAUGUUAAGUAUGCUUUAGAUCCAGAGAUCAAGUUCCCCAUCGUCAUCCUGCCUGCUCUAGGAAGGCCGGAGGAGGUGCAGUUACCUGCCUAUCCUGCAGAUGGAUUUGAAGCAUUUCCAAACUCCUCAGUGCCAGGAGGGACCAGCUUCUUACAAAACCCAACAGCCUUUGAUGCCUCUGCUCAACCACCACCCUAUGGGUCAUGGCUGGACCCCUCUUUGACUGAUUUUGAUUGAAAGUCCUAGAGCACAGGGCUCUGUUUUAAUUCACAGUAUAGGAACUUCCAUGAUUAAGUACUGACCAAGUUUGUUGCUUAACCCCUGUUCUCAUGAUAAAUGGCUUGAAUGAGAGCACUGCAAAACCUGUCUGUUCUAAACUGCAGAAGAAUCUUAGGAGAAUAAAUAAAGGAAAUUGAUUGUUUUAGGGGCUAAAAAUAGAUAACUAUACCUUGAAAGUACUCAAAGAGCCACUGAUAGAGAUGAUAAAGUGCAUCUUUAAUCUGCUGUACAUUAAAAGACAGUGUGUCAGGAAAUGUAGCUGUGCAGUGUAUGUGCAGUUUAGGCUAUUUGUGAAAUGCUUUGAAUCCUGAAGACCCAAGCGAAGUUUCCCUGUCUUGCUUGCUAUCUGCUUAUUAAAGUGAAAGGUUUUGGCUUUGAAUUUGAUGGCAACUUGCCUUGCAGCAGAGCACACAUUCUUCCCUGUGCUUUCAGAUAAUGGUGAUGUUAACAUAGACUUAGAUGCAUAAUUUAAUUUUAACUGUGUGAGUUUUGUUUUUAACCUGUGCCAUACUGGCAUAUUCAUUUGCCUACAUUAGUUCUUGUACUUCUUGUAUUACUAAUAGUAUUUUUUCCAUAGGUUUGUUGUGGUUUCGGUACUUUCAUUCAAAAUUACAAUGUAUGCUGAAUAAAUUUUUUCUUUAAUGUUACAUAUCAUAUGUAAUUAAACACAUAAACUAAAUGCAAGUUUUUCAUGCAUUUUACCAAUUGCCUGAUAGUGGAACAGUGUUCAUAAAUAUACUCCUUAAAGCUGGUUCCAGUAUUUGUUCUCCUGUCCUCUUGUUUCUGUUUAAAUGAUGUAUUCAGCUUCCACAUCCACUGCAUGGUGUUUGUUUUACUCCAUGAUAGAAGUAGUUUUCAUGGAAAUGCAAAUAUAUUUACAAGUACCUAUCAAUGAGCAUGUAAAGAAAAUAUCUUUUAGAAUUUUCUGUUGAAGUCCUGUGACAAAUUCUCUGUUGGAUUGAGGUCUGGCUCUGACCCUCUCACACCAAAACAUUCACCGUGUUGUCUUUAAAUUUUGAGCAUUUCCUUGGUGAGGUAUUGUUUAAGUUUAUCUUAUUUUAUCUUAAACCAUUUCAUUGUCACUUUGUCUGUAUGUUUCUAGUCAUUGUCUUGUUGGAAAUAAUUAAAUCUUCUCCCAACUUGCA